ACGAAAGCAAAAACAAUAAGGACUUACAAAUAAUUAGGAAAGAAGAAAAGGCAUUAUCCCGAAAAAGAUCAAAUCUUCUCUUCUCUCUUGUUCUGAACGAACGAACGAACGAACGAACACUCGUCUCUGUAACUGAGAGAGACCCAAAGGCUUCACCUUUGAUCUAGAAAAGGUACUUCCAUGGAGGAACAGAGAGAAGACAGUGCGUCAAUUGGUGAUUGCAAAGCGCCCUUGGAGGAAACUGGUGAGGAACUAGGGUUAGCUUCUAAGCCUGAAACCCUAGAUGGCGAAGUUGAUGUUCCGGCGAAGGAGCCAUGCGUCGAAGAUGACGUUGAGAAGGGUGUUAGCUCUGAAUCUGAUGAUGUUGUAAAGACUGAUGCUUUCAGUGAGCCUGAAACUGAGAGAGAUGCUGUUGAUGUGAAGCCGGUGAAUGGUGGUGGAAGUCAUGAAAGUGCAGGUGAAGAGGGGAAUGAAGUGAUUGACGAGGAGGCAAACCAUGCAGCUGAACAAAAUGUUCAAACUGAGAAGCCCCAACAAAGCUCAGUGGUGGAUGGUGAGACGCUUUCUGUUGCUGGCCAAGAUAAGGAAUCAGAUGAUGCCAACAUGGAUGUUGAUAGCAAACAGGCGAAUGAAGCGAAUGUUGGAUCUGAGACCAACAAUGGUAAGGAUUCAGAAUCUGUGCAAGUUCCAGAGGAGUCUACUCAGGAAACAACAUGUGGUGAAGAAGAUACAACCCAUAAAGAAGAAAAUGGAGAAGCCAUGGAUGUCGAUUAUACUGUAGAGGAAACGCUGGAGACGGUUGUUGUGGAUGAUGCUGGCAAUGAAGCAAGUAUGGUACCAACCCAAGAUGUUCCAAUCGCUGAAGCUGACAGCAAUGUAGUCAAGGGAAUGGAAGUUGAUGAAAGGAAAGAUAAUGCUGAUAUGGCAGCAAAUCCGAAGAGUUCCAGUGAAGAUGCUGCUCCACGUGAAGUUGAACAGUUGGAUCAGAACGGUCUUUUUGAUCCACGGUCUGAUAUUACCAACUUUAUUGAUUUCAGUGGUGUAUCCUCUUGGUCAGGAAAUGUACAAGAUCUUAAAACUGAAUCUGGGAAUCUAUCAUCUUUGAAAGAGGAUAAGAAAGCUACUCUCACCGCAGAGGAAGUUGCCACCGAGGAGGAUGGUGAUAAAGUAAGCUCACAUGCUGAAGGUGAUGAAAAUGCUUCCAGUGAAGCACAUGUUGCUACAGAGUGUCCAGAAGAAGCUUCUGUUGCAGUUUUGGGAUCUGAUGCAAACCAAGAUACAAUGAGGGAGGAAGGUGACACUACUCAUGAAGCUCCAAAUAUUGAUCAAAACCAACAGGAGGAAGAUACAGUAAUGGAAGAAAAUCCUGACAACUCUGAUUAUGCUGAAGCUGGAACUGAUUCUGGUAUUAAGACCAACGGUGUGAAACGAAAGGCUGAUGUCCUGAGUGAGGAGGAUUCCUUAGGUGAAGGUAGGAAGACUGUUUCCUUGGCAAAGGUGUCUUUUGCACAGAGGCCCUCCUUUAAGAUCGGUGCAUGCAUAGCCAGAGCUGCUAGUCAGAUGGCAGGAUCUCCUUCAGUUCUCAAGGGUAGUAGUAACCUUGGUGAUGAGACUCUUUCUGUUGAGAGCUUUGUAUCCCAGCUUCACUCUGCAGCAACAGACCCUGUCAAAGAGAACGUUGUGUCUGAACUUGCUACUGGCUUUUUCUUAGAUUUCCGAAACUCAUCGGCUUCGCAGCAGUUUGUUCCAGAGAAAGCAAGCAGCAAAAGAGGUAGAUCAUCCAAUUCGAGCGCAGCAGGAGGAACCGAAGCAUUUGAGUUUGAGGAAAUGGGCGACACGUACUGGACUGACAGGGUGAUCCAUAACGGUGGCGAAGAGCAAACGCCAGCUGCUACAGAAAAAGAAAACUAUCAAGUUGUGCCUGUUGAGCUGAAACCUGCUCAGGUCAAAAGGACUCGUCGUCCAUACAGAAGAAGACAGUCUCAGAUCAGUUAUCCUCUUCCAUCAGCUUCAGACAAACCAGCGGACUUUGAUGAGAAUGCACCAGCUGAGCUUAUAAUGUACUUUUCCGAAACGGAUACAAUACCUUCUGAGAAGAACCUGAGUAAAAUGUUCAGGCAUUUUGGACCAAUAAGGGAUUCACAAACCGAGGUUGAUGAGGAGAAGAAUCGGGCUAGGGUAGUUUUCAGGAAGGGUGCUGAUGCCGAUGUAGCUUACAAGAGCGCAGGAAAGUUCAACAUCUUUGGGAAGAAGGCUGUGAACUACGAGCUUAGCUUUACCAUUACUGAAACAUUCAAAGUUAAGCCUUAUGUUGUGUCUUUAGGCGAGGAGGAAGCAGCGGUAUCUCUUCCUGCUUAGAUGUAGUUUUGGUCCAAGCAUGGUUCAGUUCAGGUAAACAAGUGGUAGUCAUUAAGAAGAGAAGUAAACGAUGAAGUGGCUCUCAAUGGAAUGUGGAGGCUAUUGCUUGUGUGUUUGUGGACCUUUUAGGUAGAGAGAGAGAAAUUUAGGAUGUGUAAUAGUUUGGGAGAAUAAUAUGUAUUUUCUGGAGACCAGAGUUCUUGUUAAUGUGUCGUAAUAUGUGGAGUCUAGAGAGUCAAUCUUCAUCUUUCUUGUUCUUAUUGUUUGACUAAAAAAACAUUUGAUUUUCUGUUACUUUCAAGUGAUGUUAGUAGUGUUGUUAAA